AUAUUGUGAACCUCGUCUGUAUAAAUUCUACGGGAAGACAACACCACAGUACACUUGAGAGCCAAAGCAGCCGAGACGCCAUGGCUGCUCCUGCGCCUGUUUCUUCUCUGUCACCGCCGGAGGUGCCCAUGGAACUACACGCCGUCAAUCGGAAGAAGCUUUUAGAUUCAUUUCGAGGCCACCUAUCUGCGUCUUCUAGCCCUCUCCAAGGCUUUGUGUUUCUCCAGGGCGGGGAAGAGCAGAAUCGGCACGACACCGACCAUGUUGAAUUGUUUAGGCAGGAGAGCUAUUUUGCAUACUUGUUCGGAGUGAUAGAGCCUGGGUUUUAUGGUGCUGUUAAUAUAGCAAAUGGAGAAUCAAUACUCUUUGCUCCAAGAUUACCGGCUGAUUAUGCUGUGUGGCAAGGAGAAAUUAAGCCAUUAUCCUACUUCAAGGAAAAAUACAUGGUUAACUACGUAUACUACACGGAUGAGAUCUCAGAAGCUUUGAAUAAUCAAUUUCAAGGAUCUGGCACACCAUUGCUUUAUCUCUUGUAUGGGCUCAACACCGACAGCAACAACUAUUCCAAACCUGCAGACUUUGAGGGUAUUGACAAGUUUAAGACUGAUCUAAAUUCUCUGCAUCCAAUUUUGACUGAAUGCCGAGUUGUAAAGUCAGAGCUAGAGCGUGCAGUCAUCCAAUUUGCCAAUGAUAUCAGCUCUGAAGCUCAUAUUGAGGUUAUGAAAAAGGCCAAAGUAGAUAUGUUAGAGUAUCAGUUAGAAAGCUUGUUUCUUCAUCACACAUACAUGUAUGGUGGCUGUAGGCAUUGUUCGUAUACAUGUAUCUGCGCAACUGGUAACAACAGUUCUGUGCUCCAUUAUGGUCAUGCAGCGGCUCCCAAUGACAAGAUCUUAGCAGAUGGGGAUAUGGCGUUGCUAGACAUGGGAGCUGAAUACCAUUUUUAUGGUUCUGAUAUAACAUGUUCCUUCCCUGUUAAUGGGAAAUUCACACCUGAUCAAUCCCUUAUAUACAAUGCUGUCCUUCGUGCGCAUAACGCGGUUAUAUCCAGCAUGCGACCGAGAGUAAACUGGGUUGAUAUGCACAAGUUGGCUGAAAAAGUUAUUCUGGAGUCAUUAAAGGAAGGAAAUCUUCUUGUUGGUGAUGUGGACACGAUGGUUAAAGAGAGAGUUGGUGCUGUUUUUAUGCCCCAUGGCCUUGGACACCUUCUGGGAAUUGAUACUCAUGAUCCUGGGGGUUAUUUACAGGGAGCAGAAAGACCCACGGAUCCUGGACUGAAUUCUUUGCGCACAAGUAGAGACCUCUUGGAGGGAAUGGUGAUUACUGUGGAACCCGGAUGUUACUUCAUUGAUGCAUUGUUAAUUCCUGCAAUGGAAGAAAGCUCGCAAACAUCAAAAUAUUUCAACCCGGAGAUGAUCAAUAAAUUUCGAGGGUUUGGUGGGGUUCGAAUUGAAAGUGAUGUGUGUGUCACCGCGGAGGGUUGUGUGAAUAUGACCAAGGUUCCUCGGGAGAUAUCCGACAUUGAGGCAGUGAUGGCCGGCGCUCCUUGGCCUAUUGAGAAGUCUAAUGUUCCUUACAUGAAUGGGAAAACUUAAGGUAUCAAUGCAUUAUAUUGGCUGACUAAACGUGACUCAUGUCUUCUCCGUAUAUACUCCUCCGUAAACAAGAUAUUCGAAUGUUUGGUUUGCGAAUAAGCCGUCUAUAUAUUCGGUUGUAUAUUUUGAAUAAAGGCUUACUGCCAUGGAUCAUUCCUUUUGAAGGGUGAGAUCCUUUGUGAUCCUUGCUGCAUUUUUCUAUGUAAUCCAGCUUUUAUGUGCAAGGCUCCCGACCAUGAAUGCAAUACCUGUGUGUUGUGUGCUA